UGAGGAAACUCUUACCAGAUAUUAAAACGAUGACCAGACUUAAGCAUCAUAAUAUCUCAAUUUCUCACCACCACAGUUCUGUAUCACAUUCAGUUUUUAGAUAGAACUUGAGUUCUGAUACAAUGGUCUUAACUAUGGUGGGAGAGGCACUUAUCUCUGCUUCUGUAGAGAUCUUAAUAGACAAAAUAGCUUCUGGUGAGUUUAGAGAUUUGUUUGCCAACAGGAAGCUGGAUGUUUCUCUUUUGGAUGAGUUGAAGACAAAGUUGUUGGCACUUAAUGCUGUGCUCAAUGAUGCUGAGGAGAAGCAGAUCAAUGAUCUUGCAGUGAAAGCAUGGCUUGAUGAAUUGAAAGAUGCUGUCUUGGAUGCUGAGGAUUUAUUGGAUGAAAUCAACACUGACUCUUUGAGAUGCAAGGUGAGGGGAGAAUCUAAAAAGUUGACUACCCAGGUGAGAUCAUUACUUUCUUCACCCUUUAAUAAAUUCUAUAGGAGCAUGAAUUCCAAACUUGAAGCAAUAUCUCAAAGGCUGGAAUAUUUUGUGAAUCAAAAAGAUAUUCUUGGUUUGCAAAGUGUUUCUAGGAGAGUCUCUUUUGGAACAAUUACAGACUCAUUAGUUGAAUCUAUGGUGGUUGCUAGAGAGGAUGAUAAAGAGAGGCUAUUGAACAUGCUUUUAUCUAAUGAUGGUGAUGACUAUGAUGAUGCAAUGCCUAAUAAUAUAGGUGUGAUUACAAUAUUAGGUAUGGGAGGCCUUGGCAAAACAACCCUUGCUCAACUCCUCUAUAAUGACAGUGAAGUGCAGAAACAAUUUGAUUUAAAAGCUUGGGCGUGUGUAUCUGAGGACUUUGAUGUUUUCAGGAUAACAAAGAACCUUGUUGAAUCGUUUGCCUCAAAAGUCUGCAAUAGUACUAAUAUAGAUGUUCUUCGUGUUGAAUUAAAGAAUAGCAUAGAAGAUAAAAAAAUUUUGCUUGUUCUUGAUGACCUUUGGAAUGAAAAGUAUAAUGACUGGCAUCAUCUAGUAAGUCCUUUUAGCAGUGGGAAAAAGGGAAGUAAGAUCAUUGUGACAACCCGACAGCCAAGAGUUGCGGAGUUCACUCAUACACCUAACUUUCCCAUUUGUGAGUUGAAACUUCUAAAAGAUGAAGAUUGUUGGUGCAUACUUGCCAAACAUGCAUUUGGAAAUGAAGGUUAUGGAAAAUAUCCAAUCCUAGAGGAAAUUGGAAGGAAAAUUGCAAGAAAAUGUGGUGGCCUACCAUUAGCUGCUAAAACAUUGGGAGGCCUUUUGCGAUCAAAUGUUGAUGCAAAGGAAUGGAAUAGAAUUUUGGAGAGUAAAUUAUGGGCGUAUGAUGAUGUUUUACCAGCGUUGCUCAUAAGUUAUCUUCAUCUUCCAGCACAUUUGAAAAGAUGUUUUGCUUAUUGCUCAAUUUUUCCAAAACAGCAUUUGUUGGAUAGGAAGGAAUUAAUUUUGCUAUGGAUGGCUGAAGGCUUUCUACAACAAUCCCCUGGAGAGAAAGCAAUGGAAUUAGCAGGUGAUGAUUGCUUUAAUGAAUUAUUGUCCAGAUCCUUAAUUCAAAAAGAUGAAGUUAUCAAGGAAAAUUUUCACAUGCAUGAGCUGGUAUAUGAUUUAGCUAGACUUGUAUCUGGAAAAAGUUCCUGCUGCUUUGAAGGCAAUGAAAUCCAAAAAAUGGUCCGAUACUUAUCAUUUCAAAGAGACAAGUAUGAUGUCUUCAAAAAAUUUGAAAGCUUCUAUGACAUAAAAUCUUUGCGGACUUUUCUGCCACGAUCUCUGCAUCAAUUGGAUUGUUACUUAACCACAAAGGUGUUACAUGAUUUGUUGCCAAAACUAAGAUGCUUGAGAAUAUUAUCAUUGUCUAAAUACAAAAAUAUCACUAAGCUUCCUGGUUCAAUUGGCAAUUUGGUGCACUUGCGGUAUCUCAACCUUUGCUACACUUCCAUCAGAAGGCUGCCUGCAGAAACUUUUACUCUCUACAAUUUGCAGACCUUGUUAUUGUCACAUUGUAAAUUUCUUGUUCAAUUGCCACGACAAAUAGGAAAUCUGGUCAAUUUGCGCCACCUUGAUGUUAGUGACACUAAUUUGGAGGUGAUGCCAGCACAAAUCUCCAGACUACAAAAUCUCCGUAGUUUGACUACUUUUGUUGUGGGUAGACACGAAGAUGGAUUAAGGAUUCUAGAGUUAAGGAACUUUCCGUACUUGCAGGGCAGACUUUGUAUUUUAAAGCUGCAAAAUGUUGUUGAUCCCAUGGAUGCAUUUCUAGCCAACUUGAAGAGCAAAGAGCAGAUUGAGGAGCUUAUACUGGAAUGGAGUAGCAACCCACAAGAACCACAAGAUUCACAAAUUGAAAGAGCUGUACUUGAGAACCUGAAACCAUCAACAAAUUUAAAGAAACUCAACAUAAGAUAUUUUGGUGGUUCUAGCUUUCCAAAUUGGAUAGGAGAAUCUUCAUUUUCAAACAUCGUAGAGCUUGUUGUUAGUGAUUGCAAUUAUUGCUUGUCACUCCCAUCAUUUGGCCAACUACCUUGCCUCAAGGAGCUUGUCAUUCGUAGGAUGAAAAUGGUGAAGAAAGUUGGUCAAGAGUUCUACUGCCGCAACAAUGAAGGCUCCCCUUUAUUUCAACCAUUUCCAUCACUGGAGCAUCUUGAAUUUGAAGAUAUGUCAAAUUGGGAAGAAUGGCUACCAUUUGAAGGUGGAGGUAUCAACUUUCCUUUCCCUUGCCUUAAGAGUUUUUAUUUAUGCAAGUGUCCUAAAUUAAAAGGAAACUUGCCCGGCCAUUUACCUUCAUUGACAGAGGUACAUAUCUUAGAGUGCAACCAACUAGAGGCACAGUCAUGUAAUCUACACUGGAAUUCAUCGGUAGAAGUAAUACACAUUAGAGAAGGGAAGGAGAGCUUUUUGUCUUUGCUUGAGAACUUUUCUUUUUGUGAACUAACUAUUGAAAAGUGUGACAACUUGCAAACUUUGCCUGGAAUAAUACUUGGUGCUAAUUGUCUUCAAGAGUUGACUCUUAAAAACAUCUCAUCUUUGAUUUCCUUCCCAAAUGAUGGUUUGCCUACGUCAUUGCGAUCCCUUGAAAUUUGGGAAUGUGGGAAGUUAGAGUUUCUAUCUCAUGAGACAUGGCACAAAUACACUUCACUUGAAAAACUAGGAAUCUGGAAUAGUUGUCAUUCCAUGACCUUCUUUCCAUUAGACUGUUUCCCUUCCCUUCAAGAACUUUAUAUAUGUUUUUGUCCCAUGUUGGAAGAAAUCGCUACUCAAGGUGGAGGAGUUGCUCCCAAAUUAGUUGACUUAAAUAUCACUGACUGUGUGAAACUUAAGGCACUGCCACAACAGAUUGCUCUUCCUUCCCUUGAACACUUGGGCCUUUCUGGGCUUCCAGAGCUAGCAUCAUUGUUUUUGCCUUGCACUUUAAAGUCACUUUGCAUUGAUCUUGGACUGCUAUCAUGUAUGUCUAAACAUGAGAUAGGAUUCGAGUUCCAACGUCUCACUUCUCUAUCACAUCUUUAUGCUCAAGGUUUUGGAAAUCUAGAUCUUGUGAACAUACUGCUCAAGGAGAGGUUACUGCCCACUUCUCUUGUGUUUUUAGGCCUAUACCAUUUUGGUUCUUUAAGGUUCUUAGAAGGAAAUGGGCUUCAACAUCUCACUUCUCUCCACCAGCUCCACAUUGAUCACUGUCCAAACCUUGUUUCCUUGCCAGAAAAGCAGCUGCCAUCCUCUCUUGCAGUACUGAAUAUGGAGAAGUGCCCAUUACUAGAAGCAAGGUAUCAACCUCUGAAAGGGAAGCACUGGUCUAAGGUUGCUCACAUUCCAGCCAUUAAGAUAAAUGAACAAGUUAUAAUAUGAGUUGUCACUUGUAGAGGAAUCAUUCAAAGGUAAGGGAUUCAAUUAAUUUGUGAAAGGAUAAUGUUAAUGUCGUUACAUAUCAAUGAAGUAAUGUUUCAAGUUUUAUCCUUUUUUGUUCUACUCACAAACACAUACCUCUAAAUCUGAAUUGGAUAAUUGUCUAUCCCAACACUACUUUCGAGCUAAGAUAUCAUCUUCCUCCCAAGUAUUGUGACAAAUUUGCAUUGUGCCAUUCUUGAAUGGCACUGCAUCUCUUAAAUCUGAAAAGAAGAGGUCAUAUCCUUGCAACUGAAAACUCAAAAACAAUGUUGAGCACCAGGACGUUGAAUUUGGAUACAGUGAAUUUAAAGAGAAAAAUGAAAACUGCUUUUGUCAAUUUUUUAUUUUAUUUUAACUUGUUAAUUACUUUUUAAAUUAAUAUGAUGUAGAAUUAUUUAAAUGAAUUGGACUUAUACUCACAUCAUGUCAUGUAUCAAUUUUUUUUUUAUGUAAAUUAUAAAUUUUAUCACAUAAUAUAAUGUAAUUGGUCUAAACCAGUCUGGCCAUACAAAAAGGAGCCGGAUCCAAGAGGAGGGGGAGCGUGAUCCAAAAUUCCAUUUCCAUUUUCCGUUCAUUACUGCGUUUGCAAAAAAAUUAUAUAUAUAUAUAACACCAAAUUUUGAUUUUUUAAUAUAUAUCUACUGGUAUGUAAUAAAAAUUUAAAUAUGAUAAAUUUUAUUAAAAAUAAAAAAUAUCACAAUAUAAAUACAUUGAUAAUGUU